AUGAGACGGACCCACGAGACGGACCCACGAGACGGACCGACGAGACGGACCCACGAGACGGACCCACGAGACGGACCGACGAGACGGACCGACGAGACGAGUCCUGGUCCCGUCCCUGGUCCUAGUCCUAGUCCUGGCCCUGGUCCUAGUCCUGGCCCUGGUCCCGUCCCUGGUCCUGGUCCCGGCCCUGGUCCUGGUCCCGUCCCUGGUCCUGGUCCCGGCCCUGGUCCUGGUCCCGUCCCUGGUCCUGGUCCCGGCCCUGGUCCUGGUCCCGGCCCUGGUCCCAUCCCUGGUCCUGGUCCCGGCCCUGGUCCUGGCCCUGGUCCCGUCCCUGGUCCCAUCCCUGGUCCUGGUCCCAUCCCUGGUCCUGGCCCUGGUCCUGGCCCUAGUCCUGGUCCCGUCCCUGGUCCUGGCCCUAGUCCUGUUCCCGUCCCUGGUCCUGGUCCUGGCCCUAGUCCUGGUCCCGUCCCUGGUCCUGGUCCUAGUCCUGUUCCCGUCCCUGGCCCUAGUCCUGGUCCCGUCCCUGGUCCUGGUCCUGGCCCUAGUCCUGGUCCCGUCCCUGGUCCCAUCCCUGGUCCUGGCCCUAGUCCUGUUCCCGUCCCUGGUCCUGGUCCUAUCCCUAGUCCUGGUCCCAUCCCUGGUCCUGGCCCUAGUCCUGGUCCCGUCCCUGGUCCCGUCCCUGGUCCUGGCCCUAGUCCUGUUCCCGUCCCUGGUCCUGGCCCUAGUCCUGGUCCCGUCCCUGGUCCUGGUCCUAGUCCUGUUCCCGUCCCUGGUCCUGGCCCUAGUCCUGGUCCCGUCCCUGGUCCCAUCCCUGGUCCUGGCCCUAGUCCUGGUCCCGUCCCUGGUCCUGGCCCUAGUCCUGGUCCCAUCCCUGGUCCUGGUCCCUGCCCUGGUCCUGGUCCCGGCUCUGGCCCUGGUCCCAUCCCUGGUCCCGGCCCUAGUCCUGGUCCCAUCCCUAGUCCUGGUCCCAUCCCUAGUCCUGGUCCCGUCCCUGGUCCUGGUCCUGGUCCUGGCCCUGGUCCCGGCCCUGGUCCUGGCCCUAGUCCUGGUCCAGUCCCUGGUCCCAUCCCUGGUCCUGGUCCUGGCCCUGGCCCUAGUCCUGGUCCCGUCCCUGGUCCUGGUCCUGGUCCUGGCCCUAGUCCUGGUCCCGGCCCUGGUCCUGGCCCUAGUCCUGGUCCCGUCCCUGGCCCUGGCCCUAGUCCUGGUCCCAUUCCUGGUCCUGGCCCUAGUCCUGGUCCAGUCCCUGGUCCCAUCCCUGGUCCUGGUCCCGGCCCUGGUCCUGGCCCUGGCCCUAGUCCUGGUCCCGGCCCUGGUCCUGGUCUCUAUACUAGCAUGUGAGCCAUAAACUGAAAGGUUUCUAUGCAAGAGGACAGGGGUCAGAGGACAGGUCAGGGUUCAGGGGUCAGAGGACACGGGUCAGAGGACAGGUCAGGGGUCAGAGGACAGGGGUCAG